AUGAACGAGUUGGAGUACUUUGUUGCGAGUACGCACGGAAGUCGGUGUGACAUCAUGCGCUAUAUGCAGCAGCUGCGGAACUUGGAUGAGUGGAUCGAGUACCACCUCUCUCGCCUUCGUGCCAUUGCAGCCGAGCGAGUGGUACACCAGACAGCACAGGCACACAAAAAACAAAGCGGUAAUUAUGGUGGCACGCGUAGUCGAGGAGGCCGCGGUCGCGGUAGGCGACAAGCAUCUGGUGCUGCAGGGUCCACCUUGCAUGCACACCACGUGCAUGGUGUAGACGCGAGCCCUCAAGAUGACGGCAAUAAUAGCGAUGUAGACACCGUCGCCGGGGCGUACGCAGCGGAGCUCCAGCGGCAGUUCACGUGGCACGAGACGUGCGUCCAGCGCCGCUGUCACGAGCGAGAGGCCCUGGCGGCGGAGCUCGCGGAGCGGUGCUCCGAGGUGCGACUCUCCAUGGCCUCGCGCCUGGCCAACUUCGCUUCUGUAGCAGAUGUCCCCGUGACGGAGCUGUCGGGGUAG